AUGAGCUCAGCCUCCAAGAACGUCCGCUCUCCCAAUUCAAAAUACAAAAAUGCUAGCUCGCUGCCUGACAAGUACGAAUAUCCAAUCCGGUCUAUAUUGCAAACGCUGACGUCUUCUAGGGUUUGGUGCAAGGGGUGUUCUCAAUUCCGUCCCCUCGACAACUUCGCCAACAACCGCCAGAAUGAUGCCAAUUUCUGGCUGAGAAAAGGCGUAAAACUGGGUGACAAGAGAAUACUUGACAAAAUGAUUUGCAGCAACUGCAUUCCUACACCUCCCGAGGAGCUCACAUGUACUGGAUGCAACAGGACUCGCAGUCUUGACAAGUUCUCCGCCACUCAGAGGCGUGACCUUGAUACUGCCAGGUGCCGCAAGUGUAUCAGCGAGAUCGAAAAUGUCAGACCUGGACAGCAGGACCCACGUGAGGCUGAUGACUCUGAUGAGGACUACAAGACUGUCAGUAUAUCCCAGACGGCUUGUAGAACAUGGCUUAUGGUUAGCGCAGNNAGCAUCACAGGCGAUUUCACUUCACGUUCAUCAACCAGCGGAGGUGUCCCAUUGGCUCCCAGCGACGGCUUUGUGCCCAUGCCAUCGAUUACUACCAACUCUCGUGUGUCAACCAACACCACUACCUCUACUUCAUCCAGCUCCGGCUUCUCGAGCUCGAUUACUGCCAGUACCGUCAGAGCUCCACCUUCUCAAGUCGGCAGUGACGGAUUCGCCGUUGUGAAAUCUGUAAGUCUACCACCAUCUGGGUGUUUUUCGGCGAUUACUGGCCAUCAUCAGGGCCAUCGUGAGUUUCCAGUUCCUCAGUACGACGAAGAUGAGGAUGUCGUCUACAGUGAUGAGGAAGACUGGAAUAUGUAA